AUGUCGUGGCAACCGAAGCUUCGUCCCAAGGGUUUCCCACAUAGUCUGGAUGACUUUGCUGUUGCUUCGUUAUCGGAGCUAGAGCAUCGGUCGAGGACGGGCGAUGAGAAACGCGAUCAGCGGGUUUUUCGGGUUAAGCGGAAGCAUGUGCUCAAGGCUUGUGAUCGCUGUCGCGUCAAGAAGACCAAGUGUGAUGGAAAACAGCCUUGCAACCGUUGCUCGGUAUAUAACCACCCAUGUUUAUUCCGUGAGAGGAAAGCGACCCAGACAAAAGUGUACUCUCGAGGAUUCGUCGAGAUGCUUGAAUCCCACCACUCACUAGUUGUCAAAGCCCUCCAAAAAUUAUACAAAUUUUGCAUCAACAAGGAGGACUUUCCUGGCGAACCGCUCGCCGAAACCCCAGACGGUCAUCCACUCACACACGCAAUUCUCGACAGACUAGGUUUAAUCAAACAAGCCGAAGAAAACGCAGAUGAACCGGACGAAGACUCGGAAGAUCUACGAUACCUACGCCUCCUUUCUACAUCAACCGAGUGCAGCGCCACGGCAGAACCCUCCCCAGAACCAACUACACCCCCCGAACCCUCGCCAACGACCAUCUCCUCCCGCCCGUCCAUCUGCAAUUCCCUCCUUACCCCCAUGAUGAGUCGAAGUAGUUCGACCUGGCAGUGGGAUCUGCAAUCCGUUCAACAGGCGAGUUACACUUAUCCAGAUCCGGGGUACCACGAUAUGCUAGGUAUGCAACAACGACCGUCUAUUACGUCCGCAGAUCUAAGUGCGGGCGAAAUAUCGCCUCAUAUCGAUAUACCAUCUACGUCUUCGAUUUCACAUGGUCCACAGACCCACGAACAGCAGCCUUUUGCAUACUUUCUUGAUGGAACUUGUAACGCUGCGACUGCGUCGUCGGAAGCUAAGAAUGGUACUGUUCGACUACAUAGUGGGAUUAUGCCCGAGACACACCCACACCAGAUGGGCGGUUUAUCGAGUGACUUGCUAAGCGACUUUCAAUUUCCGACGCAUGAACCAUCGCUUUAUCCUGAGUUUACGCCCGGUUGGUCAUUUCCGUCUGCAUAA